UUAACCAUGAGCUAUCCAGGAUAUCCCCCGCAUGGCCACCCACCACCUCCGCCAGGUUGUGGCCCCUGGGGAUGUGCUGGCUACCCGCCACCCAACAUUCCCCCCAUUGGGCUGGAUAAUGUGGCCGGCUAUGCAGGGCAGUUCGACCAGGACUACGUCUCGGGAAUGGCGACCAAUAUGUCUGGGACGUUUGGAGGAGCCAAUGUGCCAAACCUGUAUCCUGGAGCCCCUGGGGGCGGUUAUCCUCCAGUCCCCCCUGGGGGCUUCGGUCAGCCCCCUUCAGCCCAGCAGCCUGUUCCUCCAUAUGGAAUGUACCCUCCUCCUGGAGGAAACCCACCCUCUGGGAUGCCCUCAUAUCCACCAUACCCAGGGGCCCCUGGGCCAGGCCAGCCCAUGCCACCCCCUGGGCAGCAGCCCCCAGGGCCCUAUCCUGGACAGCCACCAAUGCCCUACCCUGGGCAGUCGCCAGUUCCACCCCCUGGGGAGCAGCAGCCGGUGCCAAGCUACCCAGGAUACCCAGGGCCCGGGACUGUCACCCCUGCUGUGCCCCCAGCCCAGUUUGGAAACCGAGGCACCAUCACAGAUGCUUUUGGCUUUGAUGCCUUGCAAGACGCCGAGGUCCUGCGGAAGGCUAUGAAAGGCUUUGGGACUGAUGAACAGGCCAUCAUCGACUGCCUGGGGAGUCGCUCCAACAAGCAGCGGCAGCAGAUCCUCCUGUCCUUUAAGACAGCCUACGGCAAGGAUUUGAUCAAAGAUCUGAAAUCCGAACUGUCAGGAAACUUUGAGAAGACAAUCUUGGCUCUAAUGAAGACUCCAAUCCUCUAUGACGUUUAUGAGAUAAAGGAAGCCAUCAAGGGGGCUGGCACUGAUGAAGCCUGCCUGAUUGAGAUCCUCGCUUCCCGCAGCAACGAGCACAUUCGGGAACUGAACAGAGCCUACAAAGCAGAAUUUAAAAAGACCCUAGAGGAAGCCAUUCGAAGCGACACAUCAGGGCACUUCCAGAGGCUCCUCAUUUCUCUCUCUCAGGGAAACCGGGAUGAAAGUACAAAUGUGGACAUGUCCCUUGUCCAAAAAGAUGCCCAGGAGCUGUAUGCGGCUGGGGAGAAUCGCCUGGGAACAGACGAGUCCAAGUUCAACGCAAUUCUGUGCUCCAGGAGCCGGGCCCACCUGGUGGCAGUUUUCAAUGAGUAUCAGAGAAUGACGGGUCGAGACAUUGAGAAGAGCAUCUGUCGGGAGAUGUCUGGGGAUCUGGAGCAUGGCAUGCUGGCUGUGGUGAAAUGCCUCAAGAAUACCCCAGCCUUCUUUGCUGAGAGACUCAACAAGGCCAUGAAGGGACUAGGAACAAAGGACCGGACCCUGAUCCGCAUCAUGGUGUCUCGCAGUGAGAUCGACCUCCUGGACAUCAGAUUGGAGUAUAAGCGGAUGUAUGGCAAGUCGUUGUACCACGACAUCACGGGAGACACUUCUGGGGAUUACCGGAAGAUUCUGCUGAAGAUCUGUGGGGGCAACGACUGAGCAGUGACUGUGGGCUUACUUCUGCCCACCUGCCAGCAACAGCGAUGCCAGGAAAAGGCCAAAAGAAUGUCUGUUUCUAACAAAUCCACAAAAUAGACCCCAAGGUGUACUCUUCUCCGUCUGCCCCUCCCGAUCCAUGCAUUGUGCUGAAGGACCUGGGUGCGUCUAGAACUCCCUCAGGAUGCCUUCCCCUUCUCUCACAGCCCCUUGCUGCUAAAGUAGAUGUUUUAUUUCCUGACUUGUGCAGUCAUUCACCGUUGGUUGCAGCUAAGACUCUUGGCUUCUUUUUAGUUGUAUAAUUUUAUAUUUUUAUUUGGCGGCAUGUUUUCUUUUUUUUUUUUUACAGUCAUUGCCAGACAGAUACAUACAAGUCUGUUUGCUACAUACACAUUUCUGGUGAGAGUGAUUGGGUAGGUGGAGCACCAUGUCCUCACUGAGGAGAAAAAAGGAGGAACUUUAAGUGUAAACUUUGCAUUGAGUGAGAAUGUGUCACGAGCUUUGUUAUUGCCAAACACUCCUUUCUAGAAAAAAAAAAAAAAAGGACAGAAAGUCAUCUGUUCCAUCUUCCAUGCAAAACCACGAGAACAAAGCCAGUUCCCUGUCAGUGACAGGGCUUCUUGUAAUUUGGAAUGUGCCUUAAACCUGAAUGUCUGUAGCCAAAAGCUGUGUCCAAAUUAAAGUCAGCCAGCUCUGGAACAUUCUGGAAAUGUC